AGCAUCUGACCCAGGCUGGCGUAGCCAGCUCGCCCAUCUCCCAGCCGUGCUGUGGUGCUUCCUUGGUGUAUUUGGAAGAUUCUCAAGAGAUAGCUCUUGUCCACGCUGCUUGUCUGGUAGAUCCCAUGCUCAGACCACGUCUAUCUGUUCUAACCCAGGCUGCACCUUUGUGUAUAAUCAAUCAGUGGGUAUUUCUGGUAGUACGAGUGGGGAUCGAUGGCUCAGCAGGCACCUGCCUGCAGUCGUGAUGCUGAGAGCCGGCCGUGCGAGGCCGCUCUUGGCUUGGAGACCCUGUGCUGUGAGACAGGUCACGGUGCUGGAGAGAGACGCUCCCAUCUCCUCCGUUGGGUUGUGAAAUAAAAUAUCCCUUCGCUGCUUUCCUAUGCGACUGCUUGUGAAUAAACUGCUUUAACCCCUUGCAUCACUAUUUCAUCUUUCUGUUUUUCCCUGUUUGGGCUUUAAAGAGGUGGUACCUUCUGCUAGCGAGCUCCUAGGGGUCAUGGUAGCUUUAAUCCCCUAUUCCAAGGGGUUGAUUUUCUUUAGGGGACAGCUGAAGGAGGAAAAUGCUUGGCCUGUGCUGGGUUGAGGCAAUAGGUUGGAGGCAGACAGGUGCGUUGGCCAAAGUUGGAAUUAAAGGUAGGGCAAAGUGGAGAGAAGCAGGGCUGCAAAGGCUUUGUGUGUCAGCAGGUAAUGGAUGGUCAUUAGGUGCCAGAGGUGGGGCCAGGCAGGCUUGGCUGAGCAGGGAUGUGGGUGAAGCCUGGGGAGGGAUUGCAGUCGCUGUGCUGAGCAAGAAAAUCAUCAUCGGCUGCUUCAGCUCCUGCCUGGAGAGAUGGCAGCGAGGAGCCGGUGACAGUGGAGAGGAAAAGAGAGGGAGAUGGGCCAGUUGUGUCUGUUGGAGGGAUGGAGGAGCAUUAUUAGUGAAGGAGGAAAAGGGCAUCAGGAAUGAGCCAGGUGGAGGUUCAGCAGCGAAAGGAAACUCAACCUUCACCAUGCUUAGGGGAGGAGAAAGUCCUAGAACUGUGGGGAGAAGAGUCUCUGUGAACAGGGCUGCUAGGGCACAAAUCCUGCUCUCCGAUGCAGGUCUGGCAGUUUGCUGCCUGUUAGCAGCUGGGCCCGGGGACUCGCAGGUAGGUGCAGGCACCCAAAAAAAAAGAAGUCUCUGCCUCCGACUGGGCGCUGCGUGGCAAACAGCCGUGCGUGUGAGCGCUGGCUUUGCUGCGGUGCUAGCGGCCACCUUCCUUCCCCGACACGAGCAGGUUGUAAACCUGCCUGACCCAGGCUCAAAAAGCACCAGGAGAACCGAUAGCCGCAGCCCAGCCUUGUCCUUGGGGAAAGCCCGAGGACGAGCGACAACUGGAAAACAAAUCUGCCGACCACCGGAGCCUGCUGCUGGCAGCGAGAAAAGCUUGUUCCUCCCAAGCUGCCUGCUGGCGUGGCUCCAGGCACAGCCGGGCUCCCGUGUAGGUCACCCGUGUGCUCGCCGCCAGCUUUCCCCACGUCCUUGUCGAAGAGGUGGAGGAGACGCGUUAGCAGAGGAGCACAGGACCGUGUCUGCUGGGGAACGCGUUCAGCCUGCAACGCCGCUGAUAUUUCUGUUCCCCGUGGAUGCGUUUUGACAGCGUAAUGGUUUGAGGGCUGUGACAGCACCCAGCCUGAGCUGCGAGCUCUUGCCUUUCUCCCUUCUCCAAGAAAAAAGACGACCAGGAGGCCACUCUCGCGCCUGCUGGAGAGAGGAGCGUUGCCUGCUGUUGCACGGUGCAGCAGCCAGCUGGUGUCCAGCCCAGCACGGCUCCUUCAGGCUGGUAUCACACUGCUGACUUCGAUGAGUCACAGCUGACUUCCCCCCCCUCACACACCUUGUUUUGCUUGCAAGAAAGACCUGUUUUACAUAUAAUACAGUAAUCAGGGCUUGACAUAAAUAGGCAAAUGUUAUUGUCUGCAGUGGGAAUUGCACCUGCUGGCAAGAGCAAUGAAUGCAGCCCAUUAUGCACCAGAGGAGUCGAUCAUUUGUGCAAUGAAGUACAACUCCGUUUCUUGCUGUGUUCUUGUGCAAGUCUUUAUCUCCGUGGCCGCGAGCGUGCCGACAGAUGUGCCAUCAUCACCUUUGCAGUCUGUCCUCACCCCGGGAGCCAGAGCAGCCUCUGUUCCUGCAGCUGUGGCUGGCCCUCUCCCAGAGGGGCGAAGACCAAGACGUUCAGCUGAGAGAUGUCCCUGCUUCAGUGCUGGCUGUGUUACAAAGCCAAGCAGCCUCAUCCCUGAGCACUGAGGCUGCACUUUGCAGGCAGGAGGGUCCUGCUCCCAGGAUGUGCAGGACCCUGGAUGGAUGCCUGGAUGCACAGAGCAUAUGGCUCUUGUUUAUGGACCUCAUCGCGGGAAAAGUGGCGAUGGUCUCACCGGCUGAGCAGGUAUGAGCAGUGGUGCUUCAGAGCAGAGGGACUUGCAAGACUGGCUCUAGCUAUAGGCUGCUCAUGUGGAGUCCAGGCUUCCAGCAUGGUAAGAUUUCUCCAAUAGUAAUAAAUAGAGGUUGUCUUGUUGGUGCUGGAGUCUGGGCUUAGCUUGGCUAAAGCAGAUCCGGCAGCUCUGAACUGCUGCAUCCGCAGCUUAGGCAAGGGUUGGAAGAGGUGCAGCGCAAGGAGAGGAAGCAGGGGAUGCACACCCUCCUUGUGGAGUGAAAAAGAUAAGCACAAAUCCCGUGGGAAUGCCAAAAUAUGCAGGAUGCUGCAUGUGCAGGUAUUUCUGCUGGGCCAGCAU